GUUCUCCAAGUCUUCUUAGCUAAAACGAAGGCCAUGGCGGCCCCCAUCGUGGAAAUACACCAGCUCGAAGCGGAGCUCUUGAGAGAUGACGACGAUGAGGAUGCUGAGACUCCAGAGAAUCUCCUUGUUCAAGGAGAAGCGGUUGGAGGCAAUGCUGUGGCGACUUUGGACGACUUGUUCCAGCACUAUGAGCUUGCUCCGGUUGCCAGCACACCUCCGCGGUUUGAGCAGCUCCCCUGGCCCCUAGCUGAAGCAAAGUCUUUCUCUGGAGCUGGAGCGGUUGGUGCGCCCCUCCUGCGCGGCGAGUUUGUGUCGGACUUUGUGCAGAUCAGGCAGUUCAAAGAGACGUGCUUGGCACAAUUGCGGGACAUCCAGGAUUUGGUGGACUCUUGUCUCAAAAUUUCACCACAACCGGUCGACAUAAGCUGCCACGAACUACAAAUGCAGCCGGUUGAACAGAUACUGCAAGAGAUGCUCACUCAUGAUUUGCAAGCUCUGCAUGCUCAUGGGAGAGCAGGCAGCUUCGUGAAGCGCCCUCCCUAUUCCGAACGCCAGAAAAAGAGGGCAGAGACAUCCCCAGGAGAAGAAGCCAAUGGGACUGGCCCCAGCGCUGCCCUAGAUAGUCAGCUUUUCUUAGGCUCCAUGGAAUUUGAAGAGUUAAAAUUCCAAACGGGGGAUGCAGCAGAUCUUAGGCAAGCAGUUGAGAACGGAGGACUAGGCGCCUCCAUGCAGCAAAAAGCUUCACAGGAAGCUCUAGACUUUACAGGAGCGACCCCAGCGCCCUCCGUAGACCCCUUGACCCUUUUACUAGGCGAUGCAGACAUCCAGUCACCAGAGCGAGAGUCAGGUGACGUUCUUCUCAGCAGAGCCGAAGCGCAAUCUCCGGGGCGAGAAUCCAUAGACUCCCUCUUGGAAGCACUGAAACCCCCACCAGAUCUGGCAGAUACUUUCCCCACAUUGAACCAAGAUCAUGCGAUUGAGCCAGAGAACCAGUUGGGCCAACCCUUACAGAGUCCUUCACUAUCAGCGCUUAGUGCUCCCAAAACAGAGGGGAUAGAGUCACUUGCGGACUUAGGAGUUUCGCACAGUCAGCAACCUAUAGUCGCAGCCAGCAUGCACGAAACUGUUCAGUCAGCACCACUGGAAGAUCGGACAGCGGCCGGCUUGCCAGCCGAGGGUUCACCAGCACAGUCGUUACGCUCCCUGGGAAUCAACGAGCUUGAACCAGCUUUCGAAAACGGACUGGAGAUGCGCUUAGAAGCAAACGAUUUUGCGGUUCAUAGUGGGGGGGAAGGCACAGACCCAGCACAAGCCCCCCAGAACGGAACACAGGUGCAUAGCCAAGCCAACGGCGCUGCAGUUCACGGUGGGGGGGAAGGCACCGAGCCAGCACAAGCCCCCCAGACCGAAACACGAGCCAACGGCUUACCAGGGGGGCAAAACUCGGCAGCGAAGCAGAAAGAGAAGCAGAAAAAAGAGGCGCAGCGGAAGGAGAAGCGGAAGGCGGCGAGACAGGCAGCGCGCUCCGGGCGGCUCCCCCAGGGAUCAUGGGCGGAGAACGGGGCGACCCAGGGGAUGCUUGCGACGCUGGCAGAGUGGAGAGUGUACCGGGAGAGGAUGCGGAACAAGGCGCCGCUGCGCUGCAUACGGGACUGUCCGGAAGAUCAAAGGGCCGCCGUCUCCUACAAGAAGACGCACUGCUUUACCCAGGACGAUAUGUUCCCUUCGUGCGCCGAACCAGUUCCGCCGGAGGUCGUGAUCAUCGGGCGCGUCUUUGACGCCAGCAACAGGAACACCGGGUAUCAAGAGCACCUGAUACUUGGUUCGCAACGGCUGACCCAGUUCCGCGACCGCAUCCUGUGCCCCCUGGACACGCUCGCGCGCGAAUCGGGCAAGGACAACCCCUCCGGAUACUUCUUCGUAGAGGACACCUUUUUCGACGAUAUGCGAAGCGGAGCGUCAGCCAUAAGGUACAGCGCGCCUAUCGUCGAAUGGGCGGCCGCCCAGCCGUCGCCACGUGGCGGGCCCGGGGCGGGCGUCGUCCGCUACGAGCAGAGAGAUAUGGAGCGGUACACGUUUGAAGACCUGAACGUGCGGGUCGGAGCGGAGUACCUCUACUGUCACCAGGGCAACUGCGAGCACAAGAUGGUGUUCACGGACGUGAGGAUGCUGAACCGAUUCGACGUUCCGGAUCUGUUCGCAUAUCCCUUGCUGCGGUACCGGACGCAACGUCCGCCGAAAAAGUGCCACAUCUGUUGUAAGCAGCAGGCGUCGAAGAUAACGGUGGGAGAUGAACUGGUGCCCGAGAGCCCGUGCCUCUUCUGCGAGCAAUGCUUCGACGCGCUCCACCGAACCAAAGCAGGCGAGCUCCAUCCAGUCGACUUAGAGGUGUACCCUUUCACACCGGACAUGCAUUGAGCACCGUUUGGAUCCUGUAAAGUCAAAAUCCCAUAAACCCAAAGCCUUUGGCUGCAAGCGGCAGACGAGGCAUUCUUAGAAACGAACCAACUAUCAUCAAGAACGUUGUCAACAGUUCUGCCGGGACGUCAAAGACAGUAAAGAAUAUUCGUUCGCGCGCUUACAGGAAGCAGAUCAGUGCCAGCCCUAGCAGCGGUCAGGAUAUAUGGAUACAUAGGUGCUUACGACACCAUGCAGACCCACGGGCCACACCUCCUCGUAGAAUCUUAAUACUGAUCAAGCUACUUCGAUGCCCAU